GUGCGGCCGUCCAAAGGGUGAAAAAAGGUUUGGCCUAGUAAUGAAACUCUAACUCUGCAGGAGGAAAAUGCAGAAAGUCGAGAAGAUUCCCAGAAAAAACCAAAAAACGCGUUUAAGUUUAAAUCCCAGCAUGCAUGUGAUGGAAAUUGAACUUCAUAUAUGACUACGUACUCCUAUAAAACCAAACCCAUGAGUUCGGUAUCGCCAUUUACGUACGCAAGAGAGCUUUCAUUAGCGGAGGGCCAGAUGGGACUACCUGCAGAAAAUCAAUGGAGCCAGCAACCGAAGUGGGACGCCAUGAAGAUGGCGGUGAACUCGAUCUCGAAGAUGGCGGUGAUGCAAGUGGUGGCAACAACGAUGGCGGUCAUGGUGGCCACAACACUAACGAUGAUGGCCAUCACCAAAGAAGCCGCCACCACCACUACCAUAGCAACCACGACGUCCACCAACAUCACCACACCAGUCACCAUGAACACCACCACCACCACCAUGACGGAGGCCACUUCGGUGGUGACCACCACCACAGUUCAAUAUGACCUUUUCUCAAUGAUCCAUUACCAUCACAAGCUUAAUUCAAUUACUAGCUUCUCGAGAUGUCUUGAAUUUGAGUUAUGAAAUGUAUUAGGGUUGGUGGUAGAACCUUCAUUUAAAAAUGUCCUGUACUAAUUCGAUUUGAAUUAGUGUAGAUCCUUGUUAAAGUCUCAUCAAUUUGAUAUGGAUUAGAUCGAGGAUAUGGUUAAAAAAAAUUGUGGUGGUCCAUUGAAAUCCCACGCACAGCACAUGGAAGGUGUCAUUGGGAAAAUUGUAUGGCAAGUCUUAAAUGGGUUAAUGUUUAUUGUUAUUAUUAUGAAACAUCAUA